AUGUCGCCGUGUCAGGCAUCUGAGUUUACUGCUCAGCUUCAGCCCGGAUGGAAUUUAGGGAACACCCUCGAUGCUUUCCCGAAUGAAGACAGCUGGAACAACGUACCAGUGGUUGCAGGAACCUUUGAUGAUGUGAAGGCUUUCGGUUUCAACAGCGUCCGCAUCCCAGUCACUUGGAUGAACCAUUUCAUCGGCUUUUCAGACCAGGGAGACUCUCCUGAUUGGACAGUAGAUCCUGAAUGGCUCCAACGAGUUGCUAACGUCGUCGACAUGGCCACGUCUCGGGACCUCUAUGUCAUCAUUAAUGUUCACCACGACUCGCACUUUUGGGCGGAUCUGACAGUAGCAAACGCUAAUUAUAGCAUGAUAGAGGAGAAGUUCUACAGGCUCUGGUACCAGAUUGGUACCAAACUCGCCUGUACCCCAUCCCUCGUGGCAUUUGAGCCACUUAAUGAGGCUCCUGGAGACACAGCCGAGAUUGCGGCCGAGCAGAACAAGCUGAAUAACAUAUUUCUUCAAGCAAUCAACGACGCCGGCGGAUUUAAUUCAAAGCGUGUCGUUACACUAAGUGGGCCCGGUCAGGAUAUCGUUCGGACAAGCCUCUGGUUUGAGCCGCCUGACUCGAAGUACACGAAUCCGUGGGCCCUCCAAGUGCAUUACUACAACCCUUAUGAUUUUACGUCAGCCGCAUGGGGCAAAACCAUAUGGGGCUCUAGCGUCGACCUUACCGCAUUCGAGACCGAUUUUAGUCGGCUCCGCGACAACUUCACUGACGUCCCGAUGGUUGUUGGCGAGUGGCUCGUGAGUCCGGUACAUUCGGAGCCUGCAGCACGAUGGAGAUACUACGAUAUCAUCGGACGGCUCUCCAGAAAAUACGACUUUGCUCCAAUUGUGUGGGAUACCGGCAACGAUCUCUUGGACCGCAGUUCACACACCUGGUACGACGUAACCGGCCUCAACCUUCAUUUCAAUGCUUUAGCUGGCAAUCUCAACGCUCUUCCCGACUCAACCCUGGACACUACGGCGAUUAGCCAAUUCAGCUCGGCGUUUGUUUUUCACAAGGUCGGAACCGCUGUCGAGAGCGUAUCCCUCUCCUUCACAUUCAACGGAGACUCCGUCAAGUCCAUUACCACGGCGGACGGGGCCAGCCUCACGCUGAAUCCGGACUACACCGUCGACGAGACUGAUAUCACGCUAUCUGUAUCAUUCCUGUCCCACUACUUCGAUGUUGCCGGCCCUCCGGGCAUCAAGACCACGUUGUUGGUUUCUUUUGCCAGCGCGCCGAGCAUCCCGAUCCAAGUCGUGCAGUGGGAUACGCCCACGCUCCCAUUGUCCAGCACUACGGCGACUUCGGCUAGCAACAUCGACGUAGAAGUGAAUUGGAACAGCGUCGGGAAGCCCGCGACGGUAGCAGCUUUCAAGAGCGAUGGCACACCGUUAAUGGACGAAUGGACUGUGGUGUUGCCGCCUCUGCAGCGGGGGAGAACAACACUUGGCAGUGGUUGGGGCUGGAGUUGGGGCCAGCAGGGAGUCACAAUUGCUACGGCUGCUGUAUCCGCCGCCAUUCAAUCGGGCAUGACAACAACCUUUAUGCUGGAGUCGUACCCUCGCGUUCUGGGCAACUAUGCUAACUUCACUUUGUACGUUUGA